AUGAACGAAUUACUAUCUAUAUUUAUCGGUGGAGAGAACCGAAUAGUAUUACCGUUUUUACUCUACCCAGUGAUACUGGUUAUACCAAGUAUACUCUUGGCAGGUCUUGUUGUCAUUCCUCAUGACAAGUUUCCAAGUGCUAUAAAACAGAUCUUGUCCAUUCCACUACUCUUGGCCGUUUUCAUGACUCCCUUUGGGUUCACAAACGGAAACAGGAUUAUUGACCUUGUUGCCGGUGUCACUAAUUACAACCUCUUUCUUCGUUUUUUCGAAUUAUGUUGGGUCGGUCCCUUAGUUCAACACCGUCCUGUGUAUGCUACUCCCGAGAGUCUCUGGAUAGAUUUCUGGGGUUGUUUACGUACCUUUCCUAAACCCGCCAAAGAAGAUACAAAGGACCUGAAAAAGGGUGAAAAAUACUAUCAUAUUCUUAUCAAUUUGGUUAUCCAUUUGAUCGAGGUGGAUAUUAUUUGUUCUUGGAUGACCACGUUUACAUCCAACGAAUUCUGUGCCACAUGGUUCGAGAGACCCAAGCUUUUCUUUGCUAUUUACUUUUUCGCCAAUCUUGUCUUGAAUGGUGCGUUUAACAGUGUAGGAUUUUCACUUCAUUUGUUCUAUUGUCUUGUGUUUGAAGGAGGAUCUUAUUCAUCAGUCUUUAUGGGUGAACAAUGCAUCUUUUUCUUGGGUCAUGGAUUGGGUGUGUUUUUCGAGCAUGUUGUUGAAUUAGUGGUGGCACCCAAACUUUCCAAAGAAUUCAAGGAUUCUUUUGCUUGUUACUUGAUCAAGCGUAUCUGGACCAUGGCCUUUGGAUACUAUACUUUUUACUACAUCUUUAAUGGCUUUAUGGCAUGGGGUUUUCAAUUCGAUAGUCCUCUCACCUUUUCUCAGCCUGCUAUUAUUAAACUUGUGCAGACAUUCCCCGUUUUACGAGACUUUGUCGGUACCAACAUCCUUAUUUAA